GGCCUGGUUCGUCCCCGGCCCUUCGCCUCGCCCUCUGGCGGGGUCGGCCGGGGUGACGCGGGGCGAGGCGGCGUCCCGGGCUGACCCAGGCCCGGCGAGGCGAGGCGAGGCGAGGCGAGGGCGGUGCUGGCGCGCCGGGGGAGGAGCGCGCAGGCGGGCGGAGAGGCCUCGACGCGCACCGGGGUGGGCGGCCGCCGCUGCCGCCGUCGCCGCUGAGGGAGCGGGUCGAGGAGAGGCCGGCGCCGGCGCUUCCGAGGCGCACGGAAGCCAUUCAGGAGAUGGAUAUGCCUCUGGAGGGCUCAGUAGCGGUUCCUCGUCCUGAGCUGCUGCAGCUCCCAGUCUCGGCUCCGCAGCUGUGCGAGUUGCGCACCGCCGUCUCUUGCUUUGCCGAGGAGACGGUCACGCUGCUCUCCGCCAAUGGCCUGUUAAGCCAGUCUCUUCUCAGGACACCCGCUGCUGCAGCGGCCCAGCCAAAAGAGCCGGGGGGGCCCUCCAACACCACCCGGCGUAAGCGAGAGUUCACCCCCGACGAGAGGAAGGACGACGGCUACUGGGACAAGAGGAAGAAGAACAACGAGGCGGCCAAACGUUCUCGGGAGAAGCGGCGGGUGAGCGACCUGGCCCUGGAAGGGCGGGUGCUGACUCUCCUGGAAGAAAACGCACGCCUCAAAGCAGAGCUCCUGGCACUGAAGUUUCGGUUCGGUCUGAUUCGGGAUCCGGUGGAGCCUUCUGGGCCGGUGGUUCCUGCUGCCUCUGAACCCCACCGGCCAGUGCCCACACCCCAACACUACCCACCCGCUCUUGAGAUACCCCGGUAUGCCUGCCCCUUCCGGCCAGAGCCCCCGGCCAGCUCUGAGGAUUCUGGGUUCUCCACGCCAGGCAGCUCGAGCAUGGGAAGCCCAGUCUUCUUCGAGGAGCGCGACAGGCCCGAGGAAGGGAUUAUGUACGACGGGCACUGCCUGGUGCCCGAUCCUUCCGAGGACGGAGCAGAUUUGGGCCGAGUCAGCCGUUACGAUACUGGGGAGAGCGUCAAAGGUCUUCCCCACAAGUUGCGUUUCAAAAUGGCGGGUGGGUCAGAGGACAUGGCUGGGGAGCCGGCGGGACAUUACCCGCCCUCUCCACUGGUGGGAGCCUGGAGGGGCCCUGGCGCACGCGAGGAGCAGAGGAAUGCGGGCGCUGCGCCUGCGGGCACAGCGGCGUUCGACGGCUGCUGCGAAAUGGGGGCCUCUCCUGCCCACUUGGCGCCCGUCCAGGGCUCCGGCUACCAGACGGAGAACAGCAGCCUGCGGAAUCAGCUGGCGUCGCUCUCGGCCGAAGUGGCUCAGCUGAAAAAACUCUUCUCUGAACAGAUCUUGAUCAAGAUGAACUGAGGAACGGGCAUCGCAGCAGACCUGGCACCAAGAAGGGUCUUCCCUCUCCGUCCCCCCCCUUCCAAAGCCCUCUGUGUGUAUAUCUGUACGGGGUUAGUUCCCACCAGGUCUGUUAUUUUCCCCCACCCAUUCUAUUUGCAUUAAUAAAACUCUGUCCUUGGAAUUCAUGAUUUCCCCCUA